GUCGAAAAUCGUUGCUAACCGAAGCCAAAAGGCUCCUAGUACAAUUAAGAAACAAGCUGAAAUAAAAUUUACUGCGAAUUUUAUUAUUACGAACGAAAAAUAAUAAGCAUAAUAUACAUAGAUACACAAUACAGAUAAAAUUGUAGUCCAGAAGUCCUCUUUUAAGCUAUAAACAAAAAUAAAUAAAUAAAAGCAAAGCAAUGCCCCUGCAACCGAUCGAGUCCCCAAAGUGUCCGCGUUGCGGCAAGAGCGUCUACGCUGCUGAGGAGCGUCUGGCCGGCGGCUAUGUAUUCCACAAGAAUUGCUUCAAGUGCUCCAUGUGCAACAAAUCCUUGGACUCCACCAACUGCACAGAGCACGAGCGCGAGCUGUACUGCAAGGUUUGCCACGGACGCAAAUUCGGACCCAAGGGCUACGGCUUCUGCACUGGCGCCGGCACACUCUCGAUCGACAAUGGUCCACAGUUCCAGAACGGUCACGAUGCCGUCAGGAACGGCGCUCGCAUGGAGCCACGCGCCAUUGCGCGCGCUCCCGAAGGCGAGGGCUGCCCCCGCUGCGGCGGCUAUGUGUACGCCGCCGAACAGAUGUUGGCACGCGGUCGCAGCUGGCACAAGGAGUGCUUCAAGUGCGGCACCUGCAAGAAGGGCCUGGACUCCAUACUCUGCUGCGAGGCGCCGGACAAGAACAUCUACUGCAAGGGCUGCUAUGCCAAGCAGUUUGGCCCCAAGGGCUACGGCUAUGGCCAGGGCGGCGGCGCGCUGCAGUCCGACUGCUAUGCCACCGACGACGGUGCUCCGAAUAUGCGUGCCGCCAUCGAGGUGGACAGGAUUCAGGCGCGUCCCGGCGAGGGCUGCCCACGCUGCGGCGGCGCUGUCUAUGCCGCCGAGCAGAAGCUGUCGAAGGGCCGCGAGUGGCACAAGAAGUGCUUCAACUGCAAAGACUGCCACAAGACGCUGGACUCCAUCAAUGCCACCGAUGGCCCCGAUGGCGAUGUCUACUGCAGAACCUGCUACGGCAAGAAGUGGGGCCCACAUGGCUAUGGCUUCGCCUGCGGCUCUGGUUUUCUGCAGACCGACGGCCUGACCGAGGACCAGAUCAGCAACAGUCGCCCCUUCGUCAAUCCGGACACCACCUCGAUCAAGGCACCGGAGGGCGAGGGCUGCCCACGUUGCGGCGGCGCUGUCUUUGCCGCCGAGCAGCAGCUCUCCAAGGGCAAGAUGUGGCAUAGAAAGUGCUACAACUGCACCGAUUGCCAUCGCCCACUGGACUCCGUGCUGGCCUGCGAUGGCCCCGAUGGCGACAUCUACUGCAAGGCCUGCUACGGCAAGCACUUCGGCCCCAAGGGCUUUGGCUAUGGCCACGCUCCCACGCUGGUCUCCACCUCGGGCGAGUCCACCAUGAUGUAUCCCGAUGGCCGUCCAUUGAACGGAGCGCGCACGUCCGGCGGCUGCCCGCGUUGCGGCUUCGCUGUCUUUGCCGCCGAGCAGAUGAUCAGCAAGAGCCGCAUCUGGCACAAGCGUUGCUUCUACUGUUCCGAUUGCCGCAAGUCUCUGGACUCGACGAAUCUUAACGACGGACCCGAUGGCGACAUCUACUGCCGUUCCUGCUACAGCCGCAACUUUGGACCCAAGGGCGUGGGCUAUGGCUUGGGCGCUGGCGCUCUGACAACGUUCUAAUCUGCACUAACCAGCAAUCGUUCCGAUUUAAAUUUGUUUACCCCCCAAUCCCCCCCAAAAAUAAGAUUCUACUAACUUGCUAGCUAGCUUAGUCUUCGGUUUUUUCCAACGAUUUUUUGAUGAACGAUCUGCAGUAACUGCAAACGUUUUUUGUCUUAGGUUAUGUGAGAAAUAAGCUCUAUGAACAAAACAAACAAACAAAUACACACAAAAAAAAUUUAAAAACGCAAAACAAUUUAAUAAAAAUUUUAAAAAUUUAAAAAACCCAAAAAAAAUGAAUGUAUCAAGUUCAGAACUUACGAAAACAAAACUUAAGCAUAAUACGAAUCUUUAUAACGAACGUUAACUAACGAAACAAGUACCGACAAUGGCACAGGCACAAAAAAAAUAUAAAAAAAAUAUAUAAAUAUUAAAAUAUGCAGGCGAACUGAGACGAGCACAGCUAAAGAAUUGUCAACUGUAGCGCAGUUUUAGUUUUUUUUUUUGGAUAUGGAAGCGAAGUGAGCUGCAUUCGUUUUUUUAUUUUCUAUAUACUGUUUAACAAGAAAUUUAUUGCGAAAGUAUGUUAUAUGCUCCAACAUGAUAUUUAUUAUAUAUAAAAUCCAAACAUAUACUACAGAGCUAUUGCUCGCUUAUAAUAAUUAUAACUGAUUUAGUUUUUCUAUAUCUUUAAGUGCUAAUUGCGAAAUAUUAUGAGCAAUGUUCAAAUUCAUGCUACGCUUUGGAUUCGCUCUAUAUAAAACAACACACCCAUACAUAACAAGCAAUAAUAUAUUAUGCCCUGGUGGGUUCCAU